AUGUUGAACAGAGCCUGUGGCCGGCUCGCGUUGCUGCAGGGGACACGCGCGGCGCAGCCCGCUGUAGGAGCUUGCAUGCUGCGGGGACCAGGUACUCGGCCUACCUGAGCGAGAGGGCAGAGAAGUCGGCCCCGCACCUUCAACCUGGCGCUGCUGGAGUUCCUGGUGUGCCCGCUCUCCAAGAAGCCACUCCGAUAUGAAGCAACAACAAAUGAAUUGAUUAACAAAGAUUUGGGAAUAACCUAUCCAAUCACUGAUGGGAUUCCUAACAUGAUACCACAGGCAGCCAGGACAACACAUCAAAAUAAGAAGCAAGAAGAAACAGAGCAGCACUAGCUUAUAAUUACA